CACUAUUGAACACAAACAUACCAGUGCAGAGAGAGACUGAAAUCAUGUUUACCUGACACACUGCUGAAACAAUCAUGUAUAGUGUUGUACUGACUGUCCUCAGCGUCCUUCCACUGGGCCUGACGGUGGAAUUCCGUGACCUGUACGGUACCUUCUCCUCCCCCGGCUUUCCGAGUGUCUACCCUAACAACCUCCUGACAGUGUGGAACAUCACUGUUGCAGAGGGCCUCAGGAUAAAGCUCUACUUUUCUGAAUUCAACCUGGAAGCUUCAGCCGGGUGUGAAUAUGACUACGUGCAGAUCUUUUCAGAAGGCAGCGACCCUGUGCGCUUCUGUGGUGGGGACAACGAAGAGCUCAUGGACGCAAGGAACCAAUACAAACCAAAGAACACAGUACUGUACUCAGCCACGAACACCAUGUCAGUUGUUUUCAAAUCUGACUUCUCCAACGAGGCAGAAUUCCAUGGCUUCCAAGCCAUUUACACCACUGAAGACAUUGAUGAGUGCUUGAGCCCAGUGGAUGGAAAGCCGGCGUGCGAUCAUUACUGCAACAAUUAUGUGGGGGGCUAUUUCUGCUCCUGUAGGAUGGGAUACCAACUCCAUCCAGACCAGAGGACCUGCAAUGUGGAGUGUGCUGGACAGGUAUUCACAAAGAGGUCAGGAGAGUUGACCAGUCCAGACUUCCCUAACUUCUACCCCCAUCUCAGCCAGUGUGACUACACCAUAACCCUGCCAGAGGGGUUCACCAUUACUCUGGACUUCCAGGAGCCCUUCGAUGUGGAGACGCACCCAGAGACGCGGUGUCCAUAUGACAUCUUAAAGAUCACAGCAGGUUCACGGAAGUAUGGCCCGUUCUGUGGAGCCACAGCACCUGCUAAGAUCGAGACUCGGAGCCAUGAGGUGCAUGUGGUCUUCACCUCAGAUGAUUCUGGAAGACACAGAGGAUGGAAGAUCAAAUACACCAGCACAGCCAUGCCAUGCCCAAACCCGGUGAUCCCUACCCAUGGACACAUUCUCCCUCUGCAGCCUAACUACAUCUUCACAGACUCCUUCAUCCUGCAGUGUGAGUCUGGCUAUGAAAUAAAGCUGGGGACAGAGUAUCCGCCAUCCUACCGAGCAGAGUGCCAGAAAGAUGGCACCUGGAGCGUUGAUAUGCCCAUCUGUACACCUAUUGACUGUGGCACGCCCACUGAAAUAGUCAACGGAGUGCGCAAUUACAGUGACACCACAUUCAAGGCUGUAACAAAGUACACAUGCAACGCACCAUUCUAUAAGAUGGCAAAUGGAAGGGAUGAAAUCCUCACAUGUGACCACACAGGUACCUGGAGAGGCCAAUCAGAUGACAAUAAACCUCCUGAGUGUACACCCAUUUGUGGCAAGCCAAAGCAUGUUUCUCUGGGGAGGAUCAUUGGGGGUGAGAAGGUGGCAAAGAAGGAGAUCCCUUGGCAGGUCCUGGUGUCCCAUGGCGGCAGCAUGAAGGGGGGAGCGGCAAUCAUUGACGACCGAUGGAUUCUGACAGCCGCCCACGUCAUGCACGGGUACGGUUGGGCGUCCAACGUCGAGGUGAAGAUGGGCAUGGUGAGACGCGUUGACAAAGAAGCUGUGAAGGGCAUCGUGGAGGAGGUCUUCAUUCAUCCAGACUAUGUCCAUAACGAGGUGAACUACAACAACGACAUAGCCCUGAUCAAAAUCAAGAGGGUACCCAUCAACGAGCUGGUCAUGCCCAUCUGUCUGCCUGGUAGGGAUGAGCGGUACAACCUGAAGACUGACGACAUGGGUAAGGUGUCUGGUUGGGGACAUAAAAAUCACAACCCCGUGCCAACCGUAAACCUUCAAUCCGUCAGCUUGCCUGUGGUGGACUAUGGGGUCUGCAAAGCUGCGUAUGACAAAGUUAUAGAGAAGAAGCUAACCGUGACUGAGAACAUGAUAUGUGCUGGUUAUGCUGACGGUGGUAAGGAUUCCUGCCAGGGGGACAGUGGGGGAGGUUUUGCUUUUCAUGAUGCUGUCACCCAGAGUUGGUUUGUGGGUGGUGUGGUGUCAUGGGGACAUGGUUGUGCUCAGGCUGGCUUCUAUGGGGUCUACACCAAAGUUAGUAAUUACCUCUCCUGGAUUGAGGACAUCAUGGCUAAAAAUGUUUAAAAUCUAGCUGUAUACUUUAUUUUCCGUCAUUUCUUUUUUUUUCUUUUCUUAAUAAAAAGGAUUCACACAAACCAA